AUGGAACGCUGCGAUCCCAGACUUCUGCUUAUCCUGAAUCUCCUUCCCGUGGUUGUGCUCAACCAAGACUUCAACAGGAGCUUCAGCCAUGUUGAUGCGAAACUCCCUGAGGACCACCAAGAAAUCUUCAGGAUCCAUCAGUCUUCAGGGAUCGACUCUCCUAACUGGUCCUCCACCUCAGCAGAGGCUGUGAGUUCCUAUGGAGAGAGAGACGUUCAGCGCAUCAUCGGGGGAUACAUCGUUGCGCCCCACUCUUCCAAGUACCUUGUGUCUCUUAGGAGGAAUACUGGCUACCAUUUCUGUGGGGGAGCACUGCUCAGUCGCAGAUGGGUCUUGACUGCAGCACACUGCAAAACCGGGAUCAACCAGAUGAUGAUCGUCGCCGGGGAGUACUCUCUCUCCACGUUCGAAGGCACGGAGCAGAUAUUCCGGCCCGCCCGCAUGGUGGUGCAUCCUGAUUACAGCGCCACCUCCAAAAAUGCAGACAUCAUGCUUAUUAAGUUGAACAAGCCAAUAUCCUACAGUGCCUCUGUCUCCAUUGUGCCUCUUCCGCAGCAAGGGGCUACAGUAAGAAACGGCCGCCUCUGCCAAGUCUCUGGCUGGGGCUACACCACCCCCGUUGGGGGGAGGACCUCCGACACCCUGCGCAGCGUCCGCCUCCCCAUCAUCGCCACCUGGAAGUGUAACAGCUCAGCUUCAUACGCUGGAUACAUCACCAAGAACAUGAUCUGCGCCGGGUUCAACACCGGGGGCAAAGAUGCAUGCCAGGGAGACUCAGGUGGGCCUCUGGUCUGUGAAGGACGAGUCUUUGGGAUUGUUUCCUGGGGACACAGCUGCGCCAGUCCCAGAUACCCGGGUGUCUACACAGCAGUAGCCAACUUUCAGAAAUGGAUUUACAAGACCAUCCUCCAGCAAUAG